GUGGUGGUGACCCACCACAAUGCCUUAUUCUAUAAUCACGGAUUUAAAUUAUAAGCACAAAAUAAAUUCUGUGCCAAAUAGUCUAAAAAAAAACUCGUUGACACCGCGCAUGGUGAUAACGACGUCGACAGCGGACGAUCGUGAAGCGAUUAAUAACUGUGAUAAGAAUCGACCGGAAACGAUUACUUCUGGUCAAUUAAUUAUGGGAUUGAGAAACGGACAGUGAUUAUUUGUGCAUGCGCAAAUUGAUGUACUCUUAACUUGGAUACAGUAAAGAAUUCGUGUUUCUGUGAUUUGAAUCCGAAAUUCAAAAAUUGGAGUAGAAAUCAUGGUCACAGCAAACGGGUGCGACCUAAAUCGCCAAAAGGAUUCAGGGAAAUACGACUGUUUGCGCUCAGUAGUGAAAAUCUACUGUGGCCCGAACGAGGGCACAGCCAUUUGUGUCCACUUUUCUGACUCCUUUGGGCACUUAUUCCUCAGUUGCGCUCAUGUUGUACAACAUAAAAUACAAAAGGUUAUAUUGCGUCAUGAUGGACAUGUGAUCAGAGGUUCAGUUAUAUACGCUACACCAAAAGAUGUUCCACACGAUAUUGCAGUCAUUAUAAGCAAACAGACUCCCGAAAUUACCCCAUGUCAGAUAUCAGAUAUUACACAUGCACCCGGCCAUAAAGUAUUUGCUGUCGGGUAUGCUUGUAAAGAAAAUGUAACCUCUACAAUUUUUGGACGUGUGCUCAGCAUAUCGUUGGGUUUGUUGACAACUACUUGUAAUGUGUGCAAAGGAUUUAGUGGAGGUCCAGUUUUUACAAAUGAAGGAAAACUUUUAGGUCUUACUAUUGGGAAGCUUAGUGUAGGCACGGUGAAUUUUGUAUUACCUUCAGCAGAAUUUGUAGAAACAAUCAAAACAUAUAUUCAUACCAAUGUAUAUUUUUUUCCAGAUCUGACAGUACUUAAUAAUUUAGAAUCCAAAUGCUCAUUGAGGAAAUUUCUUUGGAACAAUGGGAAUCCUAAUUUUAACAUUAUAUGUCAUGUUUAACGGAAAUAAUAAAAAAUAUUGAUACGAUCA